AUGGAGGGCGGGUGGGUGAAGAAUAAAGCCACGGUCGUCGCCCCGGUGCCGAUUCAAGUGGCGUGGGAGCUGUGGCAAGAUCGAACGAGGAUCCCGAAUUGGAUGCCUUGGAUCUCCUCGGUGUCGUAUUUGCCCGACGACAAGACGAAGACGAAGUGGACGCUGUCGACGGAUCAAUUCGGCCAGCACUUUGAGUUUUCGUGGCUCGCGCAAGAUUUAGAACCGGUCAAGUACGAGCGGAUCUCGUGGGAGUCUUUGGAGGGAUUAAAGAACAAGGGCUCGGUGAACUUUAGCAAGGAACCCGCCGGGACGAAGCUGGAGAUGGAGAUUAGCUACGAAGUCCCAGCCCCGCUCGUGCCGUUCGGCGCCGCGGUGUCGCCGCUCGUGGAGUCCAUCCUGAGCGCCGACCUCAAGCGGUUCUCGACGUUCUCGGAGAAGGUGGCCAAGGCCAUGUCCAAGUGA